UAGCUGAUGGACAUCGGACAGCUAGCUCGUUAGCGACCGUCUGAAACAAACAGGACUCCACAGCAAGUUUUAUUGAUUUCCCCUCUAACCCCGGUUUAGCUUGAUAGCCGGACGUACCGUUUUCAGUUGCUCAGAUUCAGAAGCUGAAGGUUUAACGGUGGAAAUAUGGGAGUACCCAAAUUUUACCGAUGGAUUUCGGAGCGAUAUCCUUGUCUUAGUGAAGUUGUGAAGGAACAUAAGAUUCCGGAAUUUGACAAUCUCUAUCUGGACAUGAAUGGCAUCAUCCACCAGUGCUCUCACCCAAAUGAUGAGGAUGUCCAUUUCCGCAUCUCAGAUGAAAAGAUUUUUGCUGACAUUUUUCAUUACUUGGAAGUGCUCUUUAGGAUCAUCAAGCCACGCAAGGUCUUCUUCAUGGCUGUUGAUGGUGUGGCGCCAAGGGCCAAGAUGAACCAGCAGAGAGGCCGAAGAUUCAGGUCCGCCAAAGAGGCAGAGGAGAAGAUUAAAAAAGCUUUGGAGAAGGGAGAGGUGCUUCCGACAGAAGCUCGCUUUGACUCCAACUGUAUCACUCCCGGCACUGAUUUCAUGGCAAGACUGCAGGAACAGCUUAAGUACUUUGUUCACAACAAGAUCUCCACUGACAAGCUGUGGCAGAAUGUCAACGUCUACCUGUCUGGUCACGAGACACCCGGUGAGGGAGAACACAAGAUCAUGGAGUUUAUUCGUUCUGAGAACGCCAAGCCCAAUCAUGACCCCAACACCCGACACUGCCUGUAUGGCCUGGAUGCCGACCUGAUGAUGUUAGGUUUAACCAGCCAUGAGCCUAAUUUCUCCCUGCUUAGAGAAGAAGUCCGCUUUGGAGGAAAGAAAUCCCAGAAGAGGAUAACGGCUCCAGAGGAGACCACUUUUCAUCUGCUUCACUUGUCUCUGAUGAGAGAGUACAUAGACUAUGAGUUCUCAGAGCUAAAGUAUCAGAUGGGCUCUGAUUAUGACCUGGAGCGCAUAAUAGACGACUGGAUUCUAAUGGGCUUCCUUGUAGGAAAUGAUUUCAUCCCUCAUCUCCCUCAUUUUCACAUUAAUCAUGACGCUUUACCGUUGCUGUACAAGACUUACAUCAGUGUGCUGCCCAGCCUGGGGGGUUAUCUGAAUGAGAACGGCCACUUAAACCUCAGAAACUUUGAGAAAUACCUGGAGAAACUUUCUGAGUUUGACCGAGAACAUUUCAGUGAAGUAUUUGUGGACUUGAAGUGGUUUGAGAGUAAAGUGGGCAACAAAUAUUUGAACGAGUGCGCCGGUCUAGUGGCUGAAGAGGAAGCUGCCGCCAAAGGCAGCAAAAAGAGCGAGGAUGCUGACCUUCGUCUCGCCGCUUUAGUAUCAUCUGGAAAGAAGGCCGGAGAAGGAAAAGAAGCGUUGGGGGAUGACGAGGAAGAGGAAGACGACUUGUUUGAGACAGAGUUCAGACAGUACAAACGCACCUACUACAUGACCAAGAUGGGUGUGGAUGUGGUGUCUGACGAGUUUCUCGCAGAACAAGCCAGGUGUUACGUGGAAGGUAUCCAGUGGAUUCUUCACUACUACUAUCAUGGUGUUCAGUCCUGGAGCUGGUACUACCCAUACCAUUACGCUCCGUUCCUGUCCGACAUCAAAAACAUAUCAGGGUUGAAGCUGACCUUUGACCUCGGGAAGCCCUUUAUGCCUUUCCAGCAGCUGUUGGCAGUCCUGCCUGCAGCUAGCAAGGUUCUGCUGCCUGAGUGCUACAGGGAUCUGAUGACGAGCACAAACUCCCCCAUCAUUGAGUAUUAUCCUCUAGACUUUAAAACGGACCUCAACGGCAAGCAGCAGGAAUGGGAAGCUGUGGUGCUCAUUCCAUUUAUAGACGAGAGGUGCCUGCUAGCAGCUAUGGAGCCCUUCAACCACAAGCUGACAAAUGAAGAGAAAGCCAGGAAUCGGCAUUCAGAGUGUGACUUGUACUCGUAUGAUGGAGAUUUAGACUUCACGUACAACUCCUCCCUGCCUCACCUGUUCCCCAGCAUCAUAAACUGCCAUGUCAAGAAAGUCAGCAUCCCGAUGGACACGUGGAAAGUUCCUCCUGGUCACAUCUACAAGCGCGCUGACCGCUCGGCGCUCUACUUCUGUGGUUUCCCUACUUUGCACCAUAUCAAACACAAGUUCUAUAAGAAGAAGAGUGGCGUUGUAGUCUUCCAGCAGAGCAGCAGAGGGGAGAACAUGAUGCUGGAGCUUCUCCCCAGUCAGGACGGGGAAACGGUAUGUGAAGAUGUUGCUGCACAAGUCCUGGGGAAGCCUGUUUUUGUCAACUGGCCUCAUCUAGAGGAAGCUCGCAUCAUUGCAGUGUCAGAUGGAGAAACCAGAUUUGCUCUGGAGGAACCUUCUGGAGUCCAACAGGUGUACGACCGCUCAUGCAGUCCUCCUCCCUCUAAAGUCUCCCAUUUGUCUGACAAGGAGCAGAAGGAAUGGGUGAAGGAUGUUCAGGGAAUCACCGAACAUUUUGUGAAGAGAAAAGGCAUCGUAGUGAACAACACAGAAGUGCUUUUAUACGGCCAGAUGAUGACGGGGAGAAAAUAUGUCCCUAAAGCCAAUGGAGUGGUGGAGCUGGAGAAACAGUGGGCCAAACAAGUUCUGCCUUUUGCUUACCAGACUGUGGUGAAGGACAUCAAGGCCUUUUACUCGUCUCUGACCUGCUUCAGGAGCUUAGCCGAGUUCUUUCCUCCAACCACUCCAGUCUUCAUGGUGGGAACUCCGUACUACGGCUCCAUGGGGGAGGUGCAGGAUUCUCAAGAUGUUAUCAAAGACGGUCGGAUCAGAGUGGUGUUUAGUGUUCCUCAUGAGCCACAGCUGGAGCAUUUGAUCCAGAACCAACACAAAUACUCUGUGAAGUACUCUCCGGGCUACUACCUGGCUUCUCGUCUUGGUAUCAGCAGCUAUCUCGUCUCUCGCUUCUCGGGCAGCAUCUUCAUCGGCAGAGGCUCCAAGAAGAACCCCUGUGGAGAACAACGAGCCAAUGUUGGACUGAACCUGAAGUUCAACAAGAAGAACGAGGAGGUUCCUGGAUACACCAAGAGGACCGAGAAGGAGUGGCUGUACUCUGCUUCUGUUCAGGAGCUGCUGGCUGAAUACCUGGAAAAAUUUUCGGAAGUGUUUGAUGCCGUGUCCAGAAACAGUCAUGAUGAUGUUUUCUAUGAGGAUGACAUCUGGCCUGGAGAGGACGAGAACGGGGCAGAGAAGGUGGCUGAAAUCACCUCGUGGCUGAAAGGUCACCCCGUCAGCUCCAUCAGCAGGGCGUCAUGUGACCUCCAAGUGUUGGAUGCUGCCAUCGUAGAGAAAAUCGAGGAAGCGGUGGAAAGGUCAAAGGUGAAGAAAAGCACUAAGAAAGUCCGCGUGACGGUCAAGCCUCAUCUCCUCUUCAGGCCAUUGGAGCAGCAGCUGGGUGUUGUUCCUGACCCUGAGGCUGAAUAUCGCCUAUUUGACAGAGUCAUCAACAUCAGGGAGAGUUUCACUGUCCCACUGGGGCUCAGAGGGACGAUCAUCGGCAUCAAAGGAGCGGACGUUGAGGCAGAGGUUCUCUACGAAGUGCUGUUUGAUGAGGAAUUUGCUGGAGGUCUCAACAUCAGAUGUGUGUCUCCUCGUGGUUACCGCCUCCCUCCCUGCGCACUGAUUAACCUUUCCCAUGGAGUUCGUAUGGAUCACACGUCUCACAAACUCACCGCCGUUGUCAAACCGCAGCCUGCUGCCGGCAUCGUUUUCAACUCUCAUCGGCAGCCAGCGGGCCUCAACCACUGUCCUCGCUCGCCGUUUGUGCCCACGCAGUACAACAACAAGCAUGUUGCAGCCAAGUCUGCAGCUCAGAGCAGCAACUCGCCCUCUAAGGGUCUCUACCAGAAACAGCAGCCCAGGACUGGAGAGGACUACAGCAACUUGUGGCAGUCUCUGCAGAAGACAGGCGCUCCGGACAAACCUCCAGACCACUGGAACAAUGAUAGAGAAAAUUCUCAACAGGCCAACAAAGCUGCUCCAGCUGGAGGCAUCAGGCUGUUAAAGAAACAUGAAGACAUCAACUCACUCCUGUCACAGAGCUCUGCUAAUAAGGCUACAACUGAAUUUGAGGACCUGAUUGCCAGUUUAAAGAUCUCUAAGGAAAGCCAGCAGACCUCACCAUCAGCUGCACCUCAGCAGCAGCCCAGCAGUCAGUCCGAUGGCCCGUUGUCCCCACAGUCCUUUGCCCUGAAGGGAACCAUGGUGCUGAAGGAGAUGCUAAAGAUCGACGGCUCUGGAAAAGGAACUCCAUCAACUCAAGAGUCAAGCAACCUCUCCCCCCCAGCUGGGAGCCAGCAGCAGAACAGACGGCGCCCGUCUAAGAAACUCGCUGCAAAAAUGAACGCUCCUCGCAGUGACGCAGGUACGGUACCCCCUCCAGCACCAGCGGCGAACUCGGUGCUGACCAGUAAGGUGUCGGAGCUGGCUUGUGUCUGCGUGGGGCUGGGGAUGGCCCCUCCUGACUUCAGCUUCAUACGGAACAGACAGGGUCUGGUAGUGUGUCAGGUGAAGCUGUCCAACGGGUUGAUGGUUCAUGGACCACAGUGCCAGUCGGAAAAUGACGCCAAGGAGAAAGCUGCCUUCUUUGCCCUACAGAGACUGAACUCCUUGGGGUCUUGUUUCCCCCUCCCACCUCCUCUGUACCCGGCUGUGGGUCAGAUCAGACCCCCGCCCAUGGGAGCCGUGGCGCCUGUCUUUAACCAGCAAGGUGGCUUACUUUUGCCCCCCCAGGGUUAUGGUCCCGCCCCUCUUUGGAGGAUGACUCUACCUCCUCCCAACCACCCAAACCAGCCGUUUUAUGGAGCAGCAGGGACCUUCCCCAGCGCUGCCCGCUCUCAGCCCACGACCACUCUGCCCAUUGGCUCACACAACCAGUUCAUCCCAUUACAGGUGACCAAAAAGCGAGCAUCGGCCAACAAAAAGCAUCAGGAAACCCGAGAGUUUUACAGCGCCGCCCAAACUGUCUCCCAAAAUCUGUCCCAGAAAGCCCAAAGUCAGCCGCCAGCUCAGAGCAAACCACAGAACAGCAAAAAUAACCAGCCACACAAGAACCACGCCAACGCCGUCCCAUUAUCAUGCAAAUCUGGUUUAGUAGACAGCGUUUCCACGGCAACAGCAGCAUCCCCGCAAACACCACCUCGACAAAGCAUGCCUGCAACAGGCCACACUUCUGGCUCCGCCUCUAGGAGGAAGCACAGGAAGUUGGCUGUUAACUUUGAGGCUGCUAAAGUGUCUGAGUGAGGUGUGUGUGUGUGUGUGUGUGUGUGUGUGUGUGUGGACAGUGGGGUGUGUGGUGGUUUUAGCUGCUGUUUCUUUACAAAAAGGGAGUGGCUUCAGUCGGGGAAACAAAACUGGAUGUUUUUUUUUUAAUAAACAAAAACAAAACAUUUACUUUCAUCUGUCUUCAACAGUUUCCCAUCCCCUACACUUUUCCUCCAGGAAGGAAGUGCCAGGUUUUCCAUGAGAUGCUAUUUACAAGCUGAGAUAUGCUGGUUGUGUUUGGGUGUGCCAGAACAGAUUAGGGUUAGAGAGAGAGGUGCAUUCUGGGAUCUGUGUUUUCAUUAAAAGGUGGCUUUGCUGUAUUUCUUUUAAGUAAAAUAAAUUAAGAUGUUAACAUAUUACAGCAUACCUAAUGGAGGAAGAAAAAUUUAAAAUGUCCUGGGUUCUGUUUGUUACAUUUACUCUCACUCUCUCAGACUGCUGAUGAAAAAAACAGCAUUUAAUCUGUUUUGUAAUUUCCACUGUAAAAUAUUUGAGAGUUUUUAGUCCAAAAAUAUCCAGAAAAUGAACUAAAUUAUCUUUUGAAUUUUUAUUUUUUGCAAUAUUAUUCCAGCCCAGGCAUUUUAUUUGUCAAAGGGAAAAAGCCCAGAUUAGCAAAGUGUCGUUAUUAUUCUGUAAGAAGUAAAAAUGGAACAAGAAAAACUUUUCUUGUGUUUCUAGUGAUCCAUCAGCCUUUCUGAUGGAAACAUGAAUUAUCCAAGGUGUGUGUAAGUAGUGACCAGAUCGUAGUUGUGGGUAGUCUGUGUUCAGCGAUGUUCCUCUGGAUAAAAUAUCCUAACGAGGCAGGAGAGGUGAUGGCGUCUACCCUGUCAGGAUAGUCCAGAGGUUCUACUUCAGAUCUUUAUUCUCAGGGAUGUACAGAAGCCCCGCCAACCUCCUUUUCAUGUACUGGCCUCAGCAAUGACUAAAAUCCCCACAACAUACAGCUUUAAAAUGACACAUUUCUCCUGACUGUUGCUUGGUAAUUAUGCAGACGUUUCAUUUCUGUUCUGACUGCAGCCACUCGUACAGGAAGAGGCAAGACCGGGUUUUUUUUUUAAUCAGCUUUCUUGGUCAGGAUGACGCUGAUGAGUCGUUUUGGGUGCCAGCCGUUGCUGCGCGCAGUCUUUCAUUACCUUAGGACUUCCGGCAUUUUUAGACGUUAUGCUUUGUAACUGGCGCUCCCAAAUUUAAUGGGAAAAUGACAAAAUUAUAAACGUCUCCCUCAAACGAACAGAUGCAGCAACACUGAUGUAGAACCCAUCUGUCAUGAUUGAUUGUUCUUGUGCUUCUGGACCUACAGGAGCGAUUUCACUGCCGUGUUCAGCAAAAAUCUGUGGCUGGUACAUCGAUCAGCUUUCAACCUGCAAUCUUUAAAAUGUCAGUGUUGUGUGUGAAGUUGGUGUUCACUUAGGCUGCAGCAGAGAAGGAUUUUACCGUUGAAUUAUUGUCAGGUCUCUGAGGCGACUUCUACAUUCUAAAGUUUUAUAUACUAAAAACCAGCAGAUUAGAUUGGAUCAGAUUAUUUUUAGGAGCUGUUCUUUAGCUUGACUUUGAUUAAAGAUUGAGUCCAUUUCCAGUUACACUAGAGAAAUGGAAUAUGCUGGAAAAAUAUUUUUUGUUUGCAUUUUUGGAAAAAAUGUCUUUUGUAAAUAUAAAAAUUAAAUACAAAAGGAUUUUAUGGAGCUGUGAUAAUGCCACAUUGAAUAUAUUUUGCCAAAGGUUUUAGUUUUUGAUUAGAGUGGGAAAUUAAAAGCUGGGAGCCUCGCCUGAUGGCUCUCAAGCUUCCGUUUCAACUUGGUUUGUGUUAUCAGGCGGUAAAAUUAACGAGGUGGUCCUGUUUUACUUUUAGAUCUAUGUAAAAGCAGCCUAACGCGGUACCUUCGCCACUCCUUUGAGAUGCUUUCAGGAUUUGGUUGGUUCUGUGAAGCUCAUUUCCAUCUUUACACACGCAUUUAAUUCUUAAACCAUGGAUUUUAUAAGUGUUGGUUUUAGAGUCAGGCUCUGGGUCCCUGAGCAACUUUGUGGUAAUGAUUGUGAUUAACGUGUUGUAAAAAGAAAAAGUGUCAGUUUUUUUUUUGACCCCCCCCCCCCCCCCCCAACAGCAACCAUGUGGCUGGAGCAUUUAGCUCUGGUGUAAAAGGGGAGGUUUUCAAUUAUUUUGUAAAUGAAAGCACACUUCUUGUGUGCGCACUUUUCUUUUUGAAACUUGGAACAGAAAGCCUAAUUCUUAUGAGAAUUAGCUUUUUAUUCAAGAAUGUGCUGUACAUAUCUGUUUAAUAAAGAAUGCUGUAAUAACAUG